UUUUAUUGUGAAUGGUUUUAUAAUAUUGAAGUAAGAACAAGAUGUGAAAUUGAGCGGGAUCCAAAACUAAAUUUUAUCAUCAAGUGAAAUACAUAAAUGAUAAAAAAAUAAUUCACAUUUAAACACAUUAAUAUGACGCAUAACGCGGUUGUAGAUUUAUUGGAUGACAGUUCCCAAAGUUCUGUUGAACAUGAAAGAAAAGUUGAGUGUAAGGUUGAAGGCACGAUUAUUACACCACAAAAUCGUCCUCAACGAAAAGUAACUAAGAAGGCUGCAACAACAAUUGGUAAAAGAGCAUUGCAGCCCAUAGAAGAAACAAAAGUGGACGUCACUCAAUUAACCGUUAUUCCCGACAAUAUACAAACUACGGCGAAGAAAAGGACCACAAAAUUCAAAGAUCCACCUGCAAGUCAAUUACGCAUUGAUAGUUAUUUCAAGAGUUGCUCUAAAUCAUACAAAAUUGAGACUCCGUCAGUAAAAGAGGAGAAGUUGUUUUUAACGGUGCCUGGAAGUAAAAUAACUAAAACUUCCCAAAAAGUUGGUAGAGCCAGAAAUAAAAAAAUUAAAGGACGAAAACGUUUAUUCAUAGAGGGAGACGACAGCAGCUCCACAACUGUUUCAACACCCAGUGGCUUUUCUGAUAUGAUGUCAAAUUCAAAAAAAACCGAUCCCAAACGCUCUACCACUGCGAUUGGCACUUCCAAGAGAAUCGAUACCAAACGCUCUACUACCACGAAUGUUUCCUCCAAAAAGAGGAAUACUUCAAAAACAGCCGAUACUUCAAAAAGAACUGGUAUCAAACGCUCUACUUCUUUGAAUGCCACAUGUAGCUCUACCAAACCGACCAAAAGAAAUGCAAAGCCUUAUUCAUAUGAAGAAUUAAUAGAUUUGUGUUCUGAUGACGACUUAACUGCGAGUUUUGUCACUAAGAAAGCAUUUAUGGCAUCCAGUGAACGAAAUAAGUCUGCUGAUAAAGAAAUGUUUGCCGAUACAUGUGAGAUGCCUCAUUUAGGUAGUGAUUAUAUUAAAAACGACAUGCCCUUUGCAGCAAUGGUGUCUAUACCCCUAGAAGAAAUAUGCGAUAAAAACACCACAAUGAAUUUGAAAGAGGAUGUAGUUCAUCACAGAGCUUCGUAUUCGUCAAGUUGUUUGACUAAUAACACAUUGUUGCAAACAAAAAUAAAUACACCACAUUCAAAUUAUACUGAUUACAAUUUGGAAUUAAAAACAGAAGAAAAUGUGAUACUCCUCAACAAAGACCAGACGUCUUCAAAGUCUUUAGUAGAAAUUAGUAUAGUUGCAUCUGAACAAAUGAAAGUUAAGCAAGAACCAGAAGAACUUUUUGCUUCGACGUCCUUAUCAAACCAAACUAAAGAAAUAAACAAUAAUUUAAAGUUAACUAAUAAGAAAGCUUGUUCAAACACUAUUAUAACUGACGGAAAAAAUGAUUUACAAAUGUGUACUGACCGCAAUUUGGAUAUAACAACAGGAGGAAAUAUAAUCGUCAACAAAGAGCAAACGUCUUCAAAGUCGUUAGUGGAAAUUAGUAUAGUUGCAUCUGAUAGAGUAAAAGUUAAGCAAGAACCAGAAGAACUUGUUGCAUCGACAUGCUUACCGAUCCAAACUAAAGAAAUAAAUAAUUUAAAGUUAACUAAUAAGAAAGCCUGUUCAAACACUAUUAUAACUGACGAAAAAAAUGAUUUACAAAUAUCGCAUAAUGAGACACCUUCCACUAGUAAAACCAAAAGAGUUCGGAAAUUCCGCGUUUGUCCGCCCUAUAAAAAAGUAGCUGGUACUACUUUUGCUGUUGAUGCUUUCCAGUAUGGACAGAUUAGUGGCAUUACACACUAUUUUCUUACACAUUUUCAUGCGGACCACUAUCAAGGUUUGACGCGCAAAUUCGAAAUGCCAUUGUAUCUAAGCCCAAUAACUGCGAAUUUGGUGCGCGCGUUGAUAUCAGUGGAAAAUAAGUAUAUAAACGAAAUAGAGCUGAACAAACCUGUGAUGAUAAAUGAUGUUGAAGUCACUGCAAUCGAUGCAAAUCACUGUCCAGGUGCUGUUAUGUUUAUAUUUAAAUUGUCCACCGGCCGAUGUAUUUUACAUACUGGCGACUUUCGUGCCUCACCUGACAUGGAGUCCGAGCCGAUAUUCUGGAAUAAUGACAUUGAUACAAUAUAUCUGGACACCACAUAUAUAGCGCAUAAACACAAUUUUGCUUCACAGUAUGAAAGUAUCGAUCGCGCUAAGAGAAUAAUAAGAGAAUUCCACGAAAAGCGUCCAACAACACGUGUUUUGUAUGUUUGCGGCUCAUAUGUGAUUGGAAAAGAGCGUUUUUGGACUAAUGUAGCGCAAGAGUUUAAUUUAAAAGUAUGGACGGAGAAGAAUCGAUUGAAAGCUCUGCAGUCAAUGGAUUUAGAUGAAGUGCGUGAUUUGCUGUCCGAUGAUCCACAUAAAGCAGAAAUGCAUGUGAUAUCGAUUGCAAAAGUCAGCUAUCAGUCGCUGGUCGAUUACUUUCGACCAUUUAAACAGCAAUACGACGCUAUGCUGGCAUUUCGACCAUCCGGCUGGGAGAAGAAUAGCAAACCACAACUGCGUGGUGAAAUAAAUAUCGUAGGCAUUGAGUACUCUGAACAUUCGAGUCAUGCGGAGUUGGAACGAUUCGUAACAUAUCUAAAGCCCCGUGAGGUGAUCAGUACUGUGCCCGUGCGACAGGGUAAUCCAUGCAUUACACCGAAGAUACCAGAAAAGUGGUACAAAUAUGAUAACCUUAAAAAGAGGCAACGCAAUUUCCAGCCCUCGAUCACCAGUUUUUUGAAAAUGCGUCCUCGUCAGUUGGUACAAAAUGCCGCUACCAAACGCACCACGAACUGUCUAACACCUACGAAAUCGCCAGAUUACAUGCCCAAUGAAAUAUCGCAACUGAGUGUACGGGCUAUGGCCACAUGCAUAGAGGUGCAACGCGAUAAUAAAUACCAGGCGACUUCACAGAAAGUACCUGCGGUAUUAACUCUAUUUCCUGAGUCAGAAGCUUUAGAUGAUUGGAUGUUGUAGUUAAACGUGAGAUUUAUCUCAUUCCUGUGCUGCUUGGUCUAUUCUGUGGUACUGCUUUAAAAGAAACUUUGUCAAUAGGUUAAGGUACUUUAGCUUAAAGUUUAACUUUUAUAUGAAGAUUUUUUUAAGAAAAAAAGAUUUAAAUCUACAGAAUGA